AUGGCCAAGGAAUUAAGAUAUAGGCCAAGUAAUAACUAUUAUAGUAAGGUUAGUGGUUAUAGUGGCUUGGAGUUGCUAAAAUCUGACGUUGAUGUAUUGAUGUUGGGAACAUAUGUGGAUGAAAAUAGAGUGAUAGAUGUUUACAUAGGGCACAAUUUGGAUGAUAAUUCUGUAAUACACACGUACAACGAUGAGCUCGAGCAGAGCCGAAAAAACUACAUCGGCGGCUUCAUAAACAACAAUGGUAACAAAAAAGCGUGUUGUAAUGAAAAGUCCACUACUAAUUAUAAAAACAACGUCAAAGCAACUGAACAGCUGUUUGAAAAAGCCGUCACGCCUAGUGACGUGGGGAAGCUAAACAGGCUGGUGAUACCGAAACAACACGCCGAGAAGCACUUUCCUCUGCAGAGCGAAACCACUUCGAAAGGCGUGUUGUUGAAUUUCAAGGAUGUCGCCGGGAAAGUGUGGCGCUUUCGAUACUCGUAUUGGAAUAGUAGCCAGAGCUAUGUGCUGACCAAAGGGUGGAGCCGGUUCGUGAAAGAGAAGAGCUUGAAAGCCGGUGACAUUGUCAGCUUUUACCGGUCCACCGGUUCGGAUAACCAGCUUUUCAUCGACUGGAAGCCCAGGAACGGGUCGAACCCGGUUGUUCAGCCGGGAUGA